AUGAACGUAGAGGGCUCUCCAAACCCACAGCAAGAAGUACUCGACCUCCUCCCGCAUUUCGACACCGAUCCAAACAGCUGGCCAUGGAGGUUCCCUGUUCCUGACCAAAUUGAGGACCGCCGGCUCAACAUGAACGACGUCCUUAUCUUCGACCUUCUCCUCGCCUCUGGUGGCAUACCCUAUAUUGCACCCAAAAUUUACCCACCCAGAGACUUGGAGGGCUUGAAGACGUUGCUGCUCGCGAUUCUCGUCUCAACAUACGAUGCGCUCAAAAAGGACUGCUUAAUCUACUUUCUCCUCAAAUGGCACCAGGACGGACGGGAGGUGGACUUCAGCGAGGCGGUGUGCAUUCCGCCACAAUUCGUUGCUCUCGCGGACGCGUACUGGCAUCUGGACUCAGGCGUGGACAUUGGGCACGGGGUAGGAUUACUUUCGGAUGUCCGUCUGAACCGAGAGCACACAUCGAAGAUCCUACAAGCGCUCGCCCUCGCGGACGACCCAGGUCCACUCAUCCGGAGGUACAUUCGCACAGCAAAGCCGCUCCUCACCUCCCCUGUUGAUCUCGAUGUCUUCAUCGUCGCGCUCGCCGGGUCAAGCUUGCGUGAGGCGUGGCAAUUCCAGCGCUCCUACUCGGAGAUGAGCGAAGCCCGGGAACGGCUGUUCUGCAAGAUGCUGGAGUGGUGCUUCGUGCCCAAGCCUCGUGCGACACCGCUCAAAGACCUCCUCGCACUGCCGCUAUCACAGUACGAGGAAAACAUCCUGCAUGCGUAUGCCGCCGACCCUCCACUCGAGAUUCCCUCCGUAUCCAUCCCCGUACUGCACGACCUCGUUUGUCUGCGCCUCGUGCAGGCGGGCGAAUUCUCCGCAGCUGUCAUGCUCGAGCGCAAGCUCUCCGCGCGAAGCACGUCGUCCACGAGCAAGGCGGCACACAAGGCGGCGCAGGAGCGCAGGCAAAUGAUGGACGAUAUCAUGGCCGCGAUGCCGGCUGUCGAACGCCAGCUGCUCGAGCUGGAGCUGGAACAGCUUGCACAGGGCAAGGGGACGGGCAUGCCAACACUCUCAGCAUCGUGGUCGUCAAGGAUCGGAAACAGUGGAGACCUCAGCAUGUCCUGGGAGAGCGUUCGCACCCCCCUCCCGGCGAAUGGAUCGAGCGCAUCCGCAGUCGCCAACGCGUCGCGCAUAUCGGCCGCUUUCCCAGAGCCGCCGCCCCCUUCACUCUCGCAGCGUUCUGGCGCGCCGCGAUUUGGGGGCCCGCUCCCCGUUUCGGACGUCUUCUCGCCGCUCUCACUGUCGGCUGUCGGAUCCUCGCACGCAUCAUCAGCUGCUGCAUCUACAUCGGCCGCCUCGCCCAUACUUGCUACCAGCAUAUCUGCCUCGCGCCCCAUCAGCAGCGCGCCUCGUGCAGGACCGUCGACACCCGUGUUUACGGUCGGUAGCAACACUCCUCAGUCGCAGUACGCGACACCCAGCAGCUCCCGCCCCAUAUCGAUUUUCGAGACGCUCGGCAGCGCCAAUAGGACGCCGAACGCAUUUUACACGCCGCCCGUGUCUGCCGGCGUGAAACGUUCCUUCGGGGAGGAUACUCCUCGCGCUGCCACGUCAAGUGUGCACUCUCCCGUUGAAGCAGUAGACGAAGGCAUGAUGGACGUCGCGGAGGUGGAAGAUAUUGUUAAUGAUGAGGACGUUGAAAUGCACGCGGACGAGGAACCCGUCGGGAACGGCCACGCCGAUCCAUCGCACAACGGGGAGCCAUCGCACCAGAACGGGGUCACAGAAGAGGUCUCGUUCUCCAUGUUCUCGCCGCCGCCUGACGCCUUCCAGCCUCUCCCCGGCCUACGAAGCUCGCGGACGCAGCCCGAGACACAGACGCUUCCAGGUGCCUUCACUCAGGAUUCAGACGAGGAGAGCGAGCCUACUCCCCCGCCGCCUCAAACACCGAGAAAGAGAGCGCGUCAAGCGCCCCCUCAGCGCUCACCUUCGCCCGCGCUCACACGCCGUACCACGCGCACACGCAAGGUUCCUCAAGAGCGCAUUUCAGGGCGGAGUAUACCUGGAUCCCUGAUGGAUGACGAUGACGAAGAGGAAGAGGACGUCGUGCCGCCUCUGCCGCCUCCAACGCCUGCUACCAAACGAGGCGCCCGUAAAACCAAGACUACACGGGCCAAUCAGGAUGAUAUGUCUAUGUCCGAACUCAGGCCGCGACGAUCAACCAGGCUGUCGAGUGCCGCCUCCGCAGAAUCGUCAUCUGAGGAGCCGAUGUCACCACAAAAGCCAUCAACAAGGACGCGCAGCACACGGAAACCGGGCGUGAACGCCCCCGCCAAGAACACUCGCAAAAAAAGGUCAUGA